AUGCGCAUGUGCACUUCAAAAUGGCGUCCGCAAAGCAACUUCCACCGUUGCCAAAUUCUUUGAAAGCACUUAGACACUACGUAGACAUAGGCAAAGAACAUGAAGCCCGGGACCCCGUCGUCGCAUAUUACUGUCGUCGUUAUGCAAUGGAUGAAGGCAUGAAGAUAGACAGUAAAUCACCAGACGCCAGGCAAUAUCUAAUGGCACUAAUGGGUUGUUUGGAGGCGUCUAAAAAAGAAUUGAAAGAUAAUGAAUCGAUUCACAGUGAAGUGGUAGGGCAGGCACAUGUAGAAAACUAUGCACUUAGGUUAUUUCUGUUUGCUGAUAAUGAAGACAGAUCGGGAAGAUUUAAUAAAAAUGUUGUUAAAACUUAUUAUAAAGCUAGUUUGUUAUUUGAUGUUCUACAAACAUUUGGGGAACUCAGUGAAGAUAUUAUGAAACAAAGAAAAUAUGGAAGAUGGAAAGCUGCUUAUAUUCACGAAUGUUUAAAAAAAGGGGAAACUCCCCAUGCAGGUCCAUUAGAUGAUGAUGAAUAUUCAGAAAUGGGAGCUGCUGGGGGGCUCCCUGUCCCACCAAGUAAUUUACCUACACAGCCACCUUCCAAUCAAAUUAUACCUCCUGGAUCACAUGCACCUCCAACAACCCCUCAAGAUCCUGGUAUUUCUCAUGGUGUAAUGCCAGGCCCAGCACCACAGAAGGUACCUCCACCAGUACAACCAACAGUACCUACCACUGUCCAAGGUUUGUACACCCCUUGGGAAGGUGUCGCUCUUACAACGUGUCCGCAUACUCGCUUAGUAGUCACCGAUAGAAGACAAACAAUGAAGCCUUCCAUGUUUGCCUCGUGUCGAUCUGGAUCACUGAUUAAAAAGCAUAGUCCGUUUUAA